CGUCCUCGAGUCACGUCCUCACAGAAGUUGAUAUCACGAUUGCUGAUAUAUAUGACAUGCCGAAGUCCCAGAUCACCAGUGACGAUUCCAUCGUUGGUAGUAACCAAAAUCUAUCUAGGACCAGGACUCGGCGGGGAACUGAAGAGACCAGGAAAUCUCUUGUUCUUUUGAUAUCCCUUGUCUUCCCUCUUGUCGGGUUCUUUCAUCUGACCAUCUCGUCUCAUUUACCAAAAUUUUAUGCUGUGUGCUCUCGUGAAGGCGCGAAAAUAUAUACCGUGGACGACAACAAUACUGUUGCGCAAUGCCUUGUAGUCGAUCAUAUGUUCAUCGUCGACACAGGUAGUCUGGAGGACGUUUCUUCACGCUGGAUCGCGAAACUUGCCUCCCCACUUUCGGUCCGGUAUAUCAAACGCGGCUCGAUCAUAGUACCAGGUUUGACGGAUUCCCAUGCACACAUCUUGGAGUAUGGGGCUAGCCGUCAACUUUUUCUAGGAGAUACUAAGUCGGUAGAAGAAAUUAUCACUCUCGUGAGGCAGCAUAUUUCAGUGAAUGCAGACAUGUACGACAACACAUCGUUCAUUGAGGGCUGGGGCUGGGAUCAUUUGUCCUGGUCUGUAAAAGAAUGGCCGACCGCAGACGCAUUUGAAAGUGACUUGAUUGUUAGGGAUAGAGCAGUGGUUCUGCAAAGCAAGGAUGGUCAUGCCCUUUGGCUUUCAAAGAGAGCUCUUGAAUUGAGUGCUCCGCUGCCUAGGGAGAUCGAAGGCGGUGUCAUCUUCCGCAGAGAGAACGGAGAGCCUACUGGAGUGCUACUAGACAGUGCACAAUCUUUGGUAAAAAAACCUGGCCUGACUGAACGAGACUUACUCAGACAUUUCACUACGACGAUUGACGAUGCGUUGUCGUUAGGAUUGACUUCCAUUCACGAUGCAGGUUACCGAUCCGUAUCGUUGGCCUUCUUUGAGAGACAAGCUGCCAAGGCCGUGCUUCCUAUCCGUAUCUAUGGAAUGAGGCACUUCGACGAGAAGGGUUCUUACCAUGGGAAUUUGUCGACGCCGAUCAUAAACGCUGGAAACGGUAGGCUGAAUGUACGCAGCGUCAAGAUUUUUGCGGAUGGCGCACUGCGAUCUGGGGGGGCAGCGUUAUGCAGUCCAUAUUGGGAUAACCCGGAGAAAAAAGGUUUUAUGCGAAUAGAGGAGCAGCUACUACACGACGUGGUCAUACAGUAUCUCCUUGAUGGCUGGCAAAUCAAUGUGCACGCUAUUGGUGACUGCGCAAACAGGGCCGUUUUAGAUGCUUUUGAAGACGCUCUUCAGUAUGUUAACGUCUCUGCCUUGCGUCCGCGGCUCGAGCAUGCACAAAUCUUAACUCCGGAAGAUGUCAUUCGCGUUGGUAGACUGGGAGUGAUAGCCAGCGUUCAACCUACACACGUGACUAGUGACAUGUGGUACGCGGAGGAGCGUCUUGGCCCUGAACGUGUGAAGGGGCUGUAUGCGUUUCGGUCAUUGCAUGAUAAUGGAGGAAUUCUCGCUUUCGGCUCUGAUUUUCCAGUAGAAGAUAUGAAUCCUCUUGCUGGAUUUUUUGCUGCGAUAACGCGACUCUCGCCGGAUGGCACCUCACCCAAGGGUUCAGCCGGAUGGUUUCCUGAACAACGCCUAUCGCGAGAGCAAGCCCUCAGAGGAAUGACAAUCAAUGCUGCACACGCUUCUUUUGCCGAGGACAGGCUUGGAUCAAUUGUUCCUGGAAAACUCGCAGACUUCGUAGUUUUAUCGCAAAACAUCAUGACGAUUCCAAUUGAUCGGAUUUUGAAGACGAAGGUGCUGGCUACCGUCAUCGAUGGGCGCCCUGUUUAUGGGUACAUCUGAUGGAGACGUGGUGGUGUGCCCUUCGUAUACCCUCUUGGUCAAUGUCAUGUGGUGGUUGUGUGGAGUCAAACAGGUUGAGCCAUGUUUGCUGCGUAGACUAUCCAGUUUAUUAGGCGUCCUAGUCGCGUUAUGUAAUAAAGCUUGGGCGACGCGUCGGGUGGCACGCGCGACGCGACGCAUCUUCGAACCA